CCCUACCUGUGUAAGCCGAUCGGCCAGCGCCUAGCGGAUAAAAACGGCGGGCCGAGUCCCCUCUGAGGUCAGCGAGUUCGGCUCCCUCUCGCCUGCUGCUAGGUGCAACCCAGUGCAGCCAGCAUGUCCACCCGUUUCAGCAACCAGGUCUUCAGCUCGCGCUCCGCCGCCUUCCCAGGGCGCGGCGCCCAGGUGCGCUUGAGCUCAGUGCGCGCCAGUGGCUCCGGAGGCAGCAGCCUCUACGGCCUGAGCGCCUCGCGGCCGCGCGUGGCCAUACACUCCUCCUACGGGGGCCCGGUGGGCGCCGGCAUCCAACAGGUCACCAUCAAUCAGAGCUUGCUGGCCCCGCUGCAGGUGGACAUAGACCCCUCCAUCCAGCAGGUGCGCCAGGAGGAGCGCGAGCAGAUCAAGACCCUCAACAACAAGUUCGCCUCCUUCAUCGACAAGGUACGGUUUCUGGAGCAGCAGAAUAAGCUGCUGGAGACCAAGUGGGCACUGCUGCAGGAGCAGAAGUCGGCCAAAAGCAGCCGCCUCCCAGGAAUCUUUGAGGCCCACAUUGCUAGCCUGCGCAAGCAGCUUGAGGCCCUGCAGAUGGAUGGGGGCCGCCUGGAGGUGGAGCUGCGGAGCACACAGGACGUUGUGGAAGACUUCAAGAAUAAGUUUGAAGAGGAAAUUAACCGGCGCACGGCUGCUGAGAAUGAGUUUGUGGUGCUGAAAAAGGAUGUGGACACCGCCUACAUGAGCAAGGUGGAGUUGGAGGCCAAGGUGAAUGCCCUGAAUGACGAGAUCAACUUCUUCAGGGCCUUCUACGAGAAGGAGUUGUCAGAGCUGCAGGCCCAGGUCUCCGACACGUCCGUGGUGCUGUCCAUGGACAACAGCCGCUCCCUGGACCUGGACGGCAUCAUUGCUGAGGUCAAGGCCCAGUACGAGGAGAUCGCCAACCGCAGCCGGGCUGAGGCUGAGACCUGGUACCAGACCAAGUUUGAGACCCUCCAGGCCCAGGCUGGGAAGCACAGAGACGACCUUCGGAAUACCAGGAGUGAGAUUGCGGAGACAAACCGGGCUAUCCAGAGGCUGCAGGCUGAGAUUGACAACGUCAAGAAUCAGCAUGCCAAACUGGAGGCCGCCAUCACUGAGGCUGAAGAGCGUGGGGAGCUGGCCCUCAAGGAUGCACGUGCCAAGCAGGAGGAGCUGGAGGCCGCCCUGCAGCGAGCCAAGCAGGACAUGGUCCGGCAGCUCCGGGAGUACCAGGAGCUCAUGAACGUCAAGCUGGCCCUGGAUAUCGAGAUUGCCACCUACAGGAAGCUGCUGGAGGGCGAGGAGAGCCGGUUGGACGGAAAUGGAGUGGGAGCCCUGAACAUCUCUGUGGUGAAUACCACUGGUGGUGGUGGCAGCGGGCUGGCCUUUGGGGGAACCAUGGGCAGCAAUGCCCUGAGAUUCUUGAGCGACGGAGGGCCUGGGACUCUCAAGGCCUAUUCCAUCAGGACCACAUCUGCCACACGCAGGAGUGCCCUCAACUGAGACCUGGGGAUGGGGAAACCCAUACCUCCUCCCCCACAGUCACAGGAGAACUCCCUUCCUGGUCCCAUCCCUGGUCCCAAGAAGACUGCAAAGCAGUCUGAGAAACGAUGUCAGAAUAGCUUCCAAUAAAAUAGUCUGUUUCUGAAGCCUGGGUGAGCCCAUGCCUGGCACCUGGUACCCUGGCUUCACCUG